AUGGCAGGGAAAGAUAAAAACCAAAACCCAGCCAAGCCAGCAACCGACAGUUUUGAUGAUACAAAUAAUCCCUUUUAUCUCCAUCAUUCUGAUCAACCUGGUCUUGUGCUUGUCACGCAACCGCUUAUUGAAGAAAACUAUAGCACGUGGAGUCGUGCCAUGCUGAUGGCUCUCAGCAUCAAAAACAAAGAAGGCUUCGAUAUUAGAGCAAGUAUAAUAUACUAUCAAAAUGCUCAUGAAAUAUGGAAUGAUUUAAAGGAUCGAUUUUCACAAACUAAUAGUGUUCACCUGUUUCAUACUGAAGAGGCCAUCCAUAAUUGCAAACAGGACAACCUGACUAUUGGAGCUUAUUACACUAAGCUCAAAGGUCUAUGGGAUGAACGUGAUGCACCAUGUUGUAUCCCAACAUGCACCUAUGGCGCCAUGAAAGAGGUUCUACAGUUCCAACAAAAUCAAAAGACCAUGAAAUUCCUCAUGGCACUUAAUGAAGUUUACGCUGCCGUUCGUGGUCAGAUUUUGCUCAUGGAUCCGCUUCCUACUGUCAACAAGGCAUAUUCCCUUAUUCUCCAGGAUGAAAAACAGCGAGGAAUGUCGAAGGGAGGUACAACGAUGGCCGAAGCUUCAGCCUUUGCUGUGAAGAACAACUCACGAAAUUUUGAGAGGACUUUCACACCCAAAACUCCUCAUCAAAAGUGUGGAAUCUGUGAUAAAAUUGGACACAACUCAGAGCUACAGCGGACAAACUUUGCAGGUAACAAACAUAAUCAGCGAGAGCGCAGGAACCCUUCCCAUAAGGUCAAUCAUGCAGAUGCCAAUAUGCCACUCACCAUCACAGCAGAACAAUAUCAUAAUCUUAUGUCAUUACUUACCGAGAAAAAGCCUAAUUCAAUGGCUAAUCACAUUGGUAAUACAUCUGCCAUAAGCGACCUCUCAGGUACAAUUUUUUGUGCUUCCGUUAAUGAGAAAGAAAUAUGCUGGAUACUUGACACAGGAGCCACAAACCACAUGGUUUACUCUACUGAUUUAUUGACUACAAAUUGUCGUGUCACGAAUCGAAAUGUGCAUCUGCCCAAUGGAACCACUACUGCAGUCACACACACAGGCAGCAUUCAUUUUGCUAAUUUCAUCUUGCAGAUGUGCUAUGACCAACGAUCGGGGAAGAUGAUUGGGACGGGAAUUGAACGAAGAGGACUCUACUACCUUGACACUCCUCAGAGAGCCCACUCCUCAGAGAGCCAAAUGCAAUGCAGUUACCUCAUCAACUCCUUGUUCUUCGAGACUUUGGCAUCAACGCCUUGGGCACGGUAUUUUCUUACAAUUGUUGAUGAUUAUACUCGUUGCACAUGGAUUUAUUUGAUGCAUCAUAAGUUAGAAGCUUCAACAUACAUCACCACAUUCAUUAACCUUGUCGAAACACAAUUUUCCUUGAAAGUUAAGACUCUUCGCACUGAUAAUGGACCUGAAUUUACAAUGAAAAAAUUCUAUUUAGACAAAGGUAUAAUUCAUCAAACUAGCUGUGUUUCCACUCCACAACAAAAUGGAAUUGCCAAAAGAAAACACCGACACCUCCUCAACAUAGCCCGAGCCUUGUUAUUCCAAGCCAAUCUACCUAAGAAAUUUUGGGGAGAUGCCAACUUGACUGCUGCCUACCUUAUUAACCGAACUCCCACACCCCUACUUCAAGGAAAAACACCUUUCGAAAUGCUUUUUCACAAACAACCCACAUAUGAUCAUUUGCGAGUGUUUGGUUGCUUGUGUUUUGCCUCCACACAUCACCAUCGUCUCACCAAAUUUGAUGCUAGAGCCACCCGAUGUCUUUUCUUAGGUUAUCCAUAUGCACAAAAAGGAUACAAGGUUUAUGACCUCUCAGCCGGUAGAACCUUUGUUUCACGUGAUGUCAUUUUCCAUGAAUAUAUUUUUCCUUCACCAUCUUCCACUGCAAACACACCUCCAAUGCUUCACUUAUCACCACAUGAUGAUAACAACCUUAUCCCACAUUUACCUACAAAUACUGAAGUGGCCACACCGAACCAUCUCCCUCAAGAAGAACAUUCUUCUCCUAGCGAAGCCUCCCCUCCAGUCACUUCUUCACCUACAACCUCUUCAUUCAAUGAUCAGCCUAGUUCACCCUCCUCUUCGAAUCCACAAAUCCCUCUAUCGCGGCCGAGACGUUCUACAACAACAUCUGGCUAUCUCCGUGAGUACAUGUUGGUAUUUCUCUUCCUUCAAGUACUGUCCCAGCACCUAACUCGAACUUGGUUGAAGCUACAGCCGUUACCUCCAGGAAAAUGGCCAAUUGGAUGCAAAUGGGUAUACAAGAUCAAACUCAAACCCGAUGGUAUUGUUGAGCGCUACAAAGCCAGAUUGGUAGCGAAGGGAUACAACCAAGUUGAAGGUCUAGACUAUCAGGAGACCUUUGCUCCUGUUGCAGAACUUGUAACAGUUCGUCUUCUCCUUGCCGUGGCUUCAACCCAACAUUGGCAUCUUCAUUAG